AUGUCUCGAACCGAUGAGAACCCAUAUCCUAGCCCGGAUGAGCCCGAAUUCCAAAAGAAGUUCAGAGCCUUCAUCUUGCAACGGGUCCUGGAGCGUCAUGAAGCGCAGCCGAGCCCCAAAACCUUCCCCUUCGAAAUCCUUCCCAGUGAGAAACCUACAUCCCUCCCUUCCAUCCACACCCUUAACAGCGAGGAACCUCCAUCCAUUCCUCCCGUCGGGGCCAUACAUGACGAGCUGAAGAACACAAUUAUGAAAGAGAAAGAUAACAUGGAUGCGUUUACCUCCUUGAGCCCCCAACCAGACCUGAUCUAUGUCGAUCACUUUACCGAUAUGUUCCCCGGGGUCGUAGUCAUGUGGAUCUCCAAAAGCGGGCUGAAAAGCCUCAACAUAGUCCAGGUAGUCUGCGGGUUCAUUUUUACAAGCGGACCACAGUUUAGUACCCGCGGGAUCAAGCUUCAACUUGAUGGUUGUUAUUUGCAAGGCGAAAGACAAGGGAAUGAGAAUAUGGCUCUGUGUGUUGAGUCCAGCCCUGGCCAAAAGCCUGGAAUCUGUCAAGGGUAA